AAAGUCUUAAAGAGAACCGGGAUCGGGGCUCGCAUCAUCUGAGAUUUCAAGCCCGCUUGAGAGACGCGCUCGGCGGACGGCUGCGCUGUCCUCGCACCGGGGCGGAGGAGGGGGCGGAGAAAAGUUCGGUUGUUGUUUUUCUGUCUAGUUUUAAGUUUUUUUUUUGUUUUUUUCCCCCCCAACCCGGUCGCUUAGUGUGUGCGUGCGCACGUGCGCGUGUGUGGAGACUUCCACAGCCAUGGUCGGGGAGACAGAGGUGAAGGAGAGACCCAAGUCCAACCCGGACUACUUAAUGCAGCUGAUGAACGACCGCAAGGUGAUGAGUUCACUGCCCAACUUCAGCGGCAUCUUCACGCAUCUGGAACGGCUGCUGGACGAAGAGAUCGGGCGGGUACGCAAGGACAUGUACAACGACACGGUGAACGGCGGCAUGUUCAACGGGCGCGACAUGGAGGAGCUGCCCGAGGCGGUGGGGCCCGUGGCGCAGCUGCAGGAGAAGCUCUACGUGCCCGUCAAAGAGUACCCUGACUUCAACUUUGUGGGGAGGAUCCUGGGCCCGCGCGGGCUGACGGCCAAACAACUGGAGGCGGAGACCGGCUGCAAGAUCAUGGUGCGAGGGAAAGGCUCCAUGCGGGACAAGAAGAAGGAGGAGAUGAACCGAGGCAAGCCCAACUGGGAGCACCUGAGCGAGGACCUUCACGUCCUCAUCACCGUGGAGGACACGCACAACCGGGCCAAGAUCAAGCUGCAGCGGGCCAUCAACGAGGUCAAGAAACUCCUCGUCCCCGCCGCUGAAGGCGAGGACAACUUGAAGAAGAUGCAGCUGAUGGAGCUGGCCAUCCUCAACGGGACGUACAGAGACGCCAAUGUGAAGACACCCACCGCCGGCUUCCCGCUGGGCACCCCCCAGUGCCCCCGCAUCAUCACCGGCCCCACGCCCGUCCUGCCGCCCGCCUUGCGCAACCCGGCCCCGGUGACCACGCCCACCCUCAUGCCCCUGAUUCGCCAGAUCCAGAGCUCCGCCCUGGUGCCGGGCGGCAACCCGCACCCGGCGCUGCUGCAGCAGGGACCCGAGUCGGGGAUCAUCUACGCGCCCUACGAGUACCCCUACACCCUCACGCCCUCCAUAUUGGAAUACCCCAUCGACUCCACCGGAGUAUUAGUCCCUUCGUCCUGUGUUUUCGCAGCAGGUGCCAUGACCACUAAGGUACGCCGCCACGACAAGAGAAUCCAUCCUUACCAAAGGGUAGUGACCACAGACAGAGCUGCCACGGCGACUAACCCAUGACCCCACCCACCCCCCACCCCCACCCCUUGACCUUCUGACCUUUCCACCCAUUGAUGACCCCGCCCAUCUCCGCACUGCUGGCGCGCUCAUUGGCCAGGCGCCCCCCUUCCCCUUCCCCUCCUCCACCUUACCCCCCCCCCAGAGGCCGGCGCCGGGAGCGACCCGACUGCUUCUGUCUAACCAGCGGACGGCGGCGGCCAUGGCGCCCGUAACCCGGCGGGGACCGCGCCCAUCGACCUUUAGCCGACGUGCCUUCCUCUCACAUUGUACUCACAGCAGGGGGGGGCUGAGUCCACCAGCAAUAAUUACUACUAAAGACUACUGAAGAUGCUAAUUGUACUCAUCCUGCACAGAAAGAGAGGUGCGCAUUCUACUUCAGCUCAACAAUCUCCGCAUAUAUUUACAUAUUCAAUUAACCACCUCGUUAACGCGGCUCCACACCCAAAUGCAACCCAUCUCUGCAAAAAAAAUUUGACAAUCGAAAUUGUCCCUGGGCAGCGUUUAAACCAGGCCUGCCUGGGCUAUUAUUUUGCCACGGGGGGAUAAAUUUAGAGAAAAAAAAUGAGUCUGGGGACCGGUAUAUCUGAUUUUUAGGAACAAAAACCUCGCAAUAUUGUCUGAUUGAAAGCUGAAAAGGUUUUGACAGACCGCCUUAAAAAAACGAAAUGGAAUUUUACAUUACUAUGAACGAUAAAACACUGAAAAUUGACAACAUAUGAAUGAAAAUUCCACAAACACAGCAAAAUAUGAACGCAAAGGGUAAAAAUCUAUUUUAAAUAACUACUGCUCAAAAAAUAAUAAAAAAACUUAUAGCUGACAGAUAAGUCUGGAGUUGAUCUAGAGCAGGCCUGGGCUAUUAUUUUGCCACGGGGGGACAAAUUUAGAGGAAAAAAAUGAGUCUAGGGGCCGGUAUAUCUGAUUUUUAGGAACAAAAUCUCGCAAUAUUGUCUGAUUGAAAGCUAAAAAGGUUAUGACAGACCACCUUAAAAAAAACGGAAUGGAACUUUACAUUACUAUGAACGAUAAAACACUGAAAAUUGACAACAUAUGAAUGAAAAUUCCACAAACACAGCAAAAUAUGAACGCAAAGGGUAAAAAUCUAUUUUAAAUAACUACUGUCAUUGCUCAAAAAAUAAUAAAAAAAACUUAUAGCUGACAGAUAUGUCUGGAGUUGAUCUAGAGCAGGCCUGGGCUAUUAUUUUGCCACGGGGGGACAAAUUUAGAGGAAAAAAAUGAGUCUGGGCGACGGUAUAUCUGAUUUUUAGGAACAAAAUCUCGCAAUAUUGUCUGAUUGAAAGUUAAAAAUGUUAUGACAGACCGCCUUAAAAAAACGAAAUGGAAUUUUACAUUACUAUGAACGAUAAAACACUGAAAAUUGACAACAUAUGAAUGAAAAUUCCACAAACACAGCAAAAUAUGAACGCAAAGGGUAAAAAUCUAUUUUAAAUAACUACUGUCAUUGCUCCAAAAAUAAUAAAAACAACUUAUAGCUGACAGAUAAGUCUGGAGUUGAUCUAGAGCAGGCCUGGGCUAUUAUUU